AGGGAGGGAGGGAGCGAAGGCAGGCUUCAAUGUGACGCAACAGCUGGACGGACCCAACGUGUUCCGAAGGGGGGGGGGUGUUGUGAUAGGAUACAGCUGCUACUACUGCUCUUGCUGAGGCUGCGAAAUUCAGAAAAGAUGACUACGACUUUGAUCCGCAACAGGCUGGGGCUGCUCGUCCUUGGAGUCCUCGUCACCUUUGUCCUCUACCUCUUGCUUCCUGCUAUUCAACAUGAAAGAUUUACUGCUUCUGUUGACAUCCCCAAGCCACGGGCUAUGGAAGAAGAGACAAGGAAAAGUCAAGGCCCUGGCAACGCCACCAUCUUGACAGGCAGAGUCCUGCAAGAUCCAUCUGUUUUCUUUAGAGAAACUGUACCAGUACAUAAAGACGGGGUUCCUUAUUCUGAAAGGAUGGCAGUGAUUUUUCUGCACGGACAGACCUUUACUUCCAAAAUAUGGGAAGAAUUGGGGACUCUGGCUUUGCUUUCUGUGAAUGGAUAUCGUGCAGUAGCUAUUGAUUUGCCAGGCUAUGGAGACUCUCCGAAAUCCAGUGCUUCUGAGACAGGACCAGGCCGUGUUGCUUUCUUGAAACAAGUCUUCAAGGAGCUGGGCCUUCAGAAGCCUGUAUUGAUAAGUUCCUCAGUGAGCGGCCGCUAUUCCAUUCCAUUUCUCCUGAGUAGUGGGGAUCAGCUAAGGGGCUUUGUGCCUAUUGCACCAGUGGUCAGCAAGGAGUUCACUGCUCAGCAGUUUCAGCAGGUCAAGACUCCUACUUUGAUCAUCUAUGGAGAACAUGACAAUGGCCUGGGCAGGCAGUCUCUUCCGAGCCUUCAGCAGAUCCCCAAAUCUAAAGUCGUCAUGCUGCCUGAAGCUGGCCACGCGUGUUACCUUGAUCAGCCUAAGGAGUUCCACAAAGCUCUCCUAAACUUCCUCAGUGAGCUAAAAUGACUGUGAUGUCCUAACCUGUCCUGCCUUCUUCUCCCUGAGAAAGACUUGGGACUGAAUUUCUGCCAUGUAACCGGGGUACAGUGUGUUUGAAUUUGUUUCUCCGUGUCUAAAAGGGCUUAUAGGUCUCAUAGACUCUUGAUGGGAAGACCUUCUCACUGCUUGUUCUCGGGGCUGCAUUUGUUGUGUCUACUUCAGGCCUGACUUUCUGAAUUUUGCAAUCUGGCAGCAAUAUUGGAUCAAGUGUGUAUGGAGUAAGGAACAGCAUCUUUUCCAAUCUAUUUAUUGCAACAGGGCCUGGAGGACUUGAGUUGCACAUUGCUGACAGCCCUUUGCCCCUUUUGGAUUUGUCUUUUCUGAGCUGAUCCCUCUGGAUGAAGAUGCAACUUCAACUCGAGUAUGUUUUUUCAGGAGCACAAUCCACUGAUGUUAAUGCCAUGGCAGCACAUUUUCAUUGUUUCCUGACUCCUUUUUUAAGUUUAAACAGAUAUACAAAUACACAAACAGAUUAUCUUUAUUUAUACAUUUUAAAGAUAAAUUUUAAAGAUUUUUUAGAGAUACAAUACAAAAUGAAUCUGUAAUAAGUAAAAAGGAGGCAGGGGGAAGAAAAAGUAACAUGGAAACGGGACAUGAUAAAGGUCAAAGACAAAGUAAUCCUCUUCAAUGCACAUGUCUGAGCAGAAUCUAGCAUCUUUUGGAUCCACAAACCUAUCAGGUUGCUACUGUGUUUUACACUUGGAAGCAGUGUCUUUAUGUCUUGUAAUCCACUGGCAAAACUGACUUCAGAAUUCGUUCCCAGGAGGGAGAAAAUGGCAGGUCUAUAAACAAGGGAAGUACCCGUAUUCCUUGGAGAUUUGGGGGUUUGCUCCACAUUAUAGUAAUGCCUUGGGGGCUCCAGCUGUAAGAAAUGGGUUGUAUGUUGGUAUUUUAUUUUGUUAGCAGAUGUUAAAUGGCUCUUGCCCAAGAAAGGUAUAAGAAGGCACCAGGCUUUCCAGGGAAUGCAGUCCAUGUUGCAAUAGCGGGUGGUUGCUCCUGUCCACUAGGUAAUAAGCUAUCUAUUUUUUGUGUGUUGCAAAACUGUUGAAGAGUCAAUAAAUAAUUUGUACAGAU